CAGGCAGGCAGGCAGGCAGAGGCAGACAGGAGGCUCCCCCCGCCGCCUCCGCCCCCCGCCCCGUGACUCGGCUGCCUCCCGCGGGCGGCGGCUGCUGCUGCUCCCGGUGGUAGCGGUGCCGGUGCUGGUGCUGCUCCCGGGCGGUGUUGUGCGCCCCCCCCCCCCCCCCCCCCGGGGACUAUGAAGCACCAUGGGGUGGUGUGACCGUGGCGUCCAGAUGCUGCUGACCACGGUGGGCGCCUUCGCCGCCUUCAGCCUCAUGGCCAUCGCCAUCGGCACCGACUACUGGCUCUACUCCAGCGCGCACAUCUGCAACGGCACCAACAGCACGGCAGACGAAGCGCAGGGACCGCCGAGGAAGGCGAGGGGCGACCUCACGCACUCGGGGCUCUGGAGGAUUUGCUGCCUCGAAGGAAUCUACAAAGGACAUUGCUUCCGAAUCAACCACUUCCCUGAAGACAAUGACUAUGACCAUGACAGCUCAGAGUACCUUCUCCGCAUCGUCCGUGCCUCCAGUGUGUUCCCCAUCCUGAGCACAAUAUUGCUGCUGCUGGGAGGGCUCUGUGUCGGAGCAGGGAGGAUUUACAACAGCAAAAACAACAUUAUCCUCAGCGCUGGGAUUCUCUUUGUUGCAGCAGGACUAAGUAACAUCAUAGGGAUCAUUGUCUACAUAUCAAGCAAUGCAGGUGACCCAAGUGACAAGCGAGAUGAGGACAAAAAGAACCAUUACAACUAUGGUUGGUCUUUUUAUUUUGGAGCCUUGUCUUUUAUCGUGGCUGAAACCAUAGGUGUUCUGGCUGUGAACAUUUAUAUUGAGAAGAACAAAGAGCUGAGGUUUAAGACCAAGAGGGAAUUCCUUAAGACUUCUUCCAGUUCUCCUUACGCCAGGAUGCCAAGUUACAGGUACAGGAGGCGGAGGUCCAGAUCCAGUUCUCGAUCUACAGAGCCUUCUCCAUCUAGGGACAUUUCUCCGGUUGGCAUGAAGAUAGCAAGCACCAUUCCCAUGAAUGAAAUUUCCAUGUACACUCUUUCCAGAGAGCCCUUGAAGGUUACCACGGCUGCCAGCUACAAUGCAGACCAAGAAGCCAGUUUUCUGCAGGUUCACAACUUCCUUCAGAAGGAAUUUAAGGAAGGACUCCACGUCAAUAUGGUCAACAGGAGAACGACACCUGUUUGAAGUACCUUCACUCCUUGUGCUUUCUGAAGAAUUAUCAAAACAGAAUAGAUCUGUCAUGAAAGAGAAGGAGCGAUGUGAAAAUACCCUCUCACCUCUUUAAUUGCGGCAUGUGUUGAGGCAGCAAGUGGGGAACCUCUGGACCAACAUAAAGAUGUUACGCGCUUGUAGCUUUUUUUGAAGCUAUUUGGAGUUUGUUUCUUUCAGUUCUUGGUGUCACGAGAUGAAGGUAGUUCAUGUCCCUGCACUUUUGUAGUGUGUACAAAGUCUUGGAGAAACUGCGAAGGACUUGCCACCGGUGUGUUUAAAGGAUUACAGAAGAAUUGCUGUACAAUUUUUUUUUCUAAAUUGAGAUCCCUUACUACAAACUUGCAACUAUAAUUUAUAACCAAGCCCAAGGAUGAAUACGAACUACUCCUCAAGUGAUCCACUUCCGUUUGACACUGCGUAAGCUUUGCCUCUUUCCAAAACAAACAAACAAAAAAAAAAAAGAAUAUUUUUGAAGGUGACACUGUCUAAAACUGAUCUGUGCUACUGAAACUGUAAAGCAUCUGUGUGCUGAGCGUUAUGGACUCCCUGACGGGGCAGUAAGGGUCUCCUACCUGGGGGUGGAGGGCUCCCUUGGGGCAGCACGGGUGGGGAGGCGAGGGUGGGUGCAGCGCGAAACGCCUAGCAAGGGAAGGAUUACAGCAGGUGGGACUUGAGCAUAUUUGCAAACAUCAUUUCUUGCCUAACAUUUAGAAAACUUGAAUUCUCAUUCCGACUAGCCCUAGUGCCUGAUCCGGCGAGGUGCUGAGUGCUGUCUGUCAGGAGCAGGCCCCUAUAGACUGCUUACAGCCAGGGCGAGGAGCAGAGCUGAGCCAGGGCGGCCCGUGCGGGCGCAGCGCCAGUUCCCUGCGACUGCAUCCCCGAUUUCCUUACUGCUUCACAAGUGCAACACUAACGCUACUGGAAACUAAGAUACCUGAGCAAUGUGUGUAAGAAGAUGAGAAGCUAAUACGUUUGGACUAGCAAAACUUCAUGCAGCAACGGGAACUGAGCGUUAACAGAAUGGAUGACGACUUUGUAUUUUUUAAAGUAGAACAAAAAUAAUCACUGUUUAUGAGAUAUUUAUUAAACUCUUUUUAUUAUGAAUAAGUGCCGCAUGGUGCAAGGUAUAGUUGCUUUUAGAUGGAAAUGAUGGUUCAGCCUAAUUUAAUUUAUUUUGUAAUGAUGAAUCUACUUACGUGCAGAGAGCCCACAGGAAACUCUAUGCAUCACCUAAGGGGGAGACUGAUUUGCACCCUUUGCUUCUGUAUGUUUCUAAAAGGGUCUGAAAUCUUUUCUUUCUUUUAAAUUUCUGCUUUCAUUUUUACAUUUAGGCUUGGAUUCUCAAAGCUCAAGGGCCUGACUUAAGGUAAUAUAAUUUGACAGUACUCAUUAAUUUUAGCGACCACUCGACCAAGCCAUAUGAGAAUGAGGUGCCCGAUUCCCCUUCGAUGAAUUAGGGGCAAUGAGAGAGGAGCAUCUAGCUCCUGUAGGUUCCUUUGAAUAUACCUGUCAUUUUUUUGUCCUGAAAAACUUUGCUACCAGAAGACUAGAAACGUGGUGACAAGGAAAAAGCAUGAUUUGGAAAGCUGAUGCUGGGAGAUAUCAGCCAAACUAUUAAAACCUCUUUAGUCUUAAUUCACCCUGCAGUGGCAGCAGCGUCACAAUGCGGUGGUGGUUUGGAUGUGAGGCUUUCAGCCGGUGGAACCAAGUCCUCCAGCGAAACCCUGGAGGAGCUGCCUUAACAUCCCCAAAAGAUGAGCCUCUCCCUCCCAAGUAACCCCUGCUUAGCCCUCUCUCCUUGCAAGAACCAAGACGCAAUUCUCAAUUUUAAGUGAAAGUCUUCCCCUAGUAGCUGUUUUGCUCAGUUUUGCCCUCAGCCUGGCAGAGUGGCAGCAUUACUUUGGCAAACCAUCCAGCGGAGGGGGGCUGGAGCCUUCAUCCUUGCUUGGUAAGAUUUUCCAUUCAGGUUAAAACUCUGCUGGGAUCCUUUUUCAGACCUCUGAACUCUGAGAGCUAAUGUGAAUGGAGCAAUGGGAACUAUUUAAAAGUAGAAAAUGUUGUGCUACUUUCUGUAUCAACACACUAUGAAGAAAGAUAUUACACAAGCUUUUUAAAAAAAAUUCAAACAGAGGCAGAUGAGAAAACUGUUUUUUACCUACUUUUCGGCUAGGACAACGUAAAAGAAUUCUAAAAUUAUUAAAGAUCUUGAUGAAGGGUUUUUUUUACAAGAAUCUUUAUGCUUUCAAACAAUAAAUUAUUUCCUACUUUUGGAGACUUCGUAAUAUUAAAAUACUUUGAUUAGCUGUGAUAGAAGUAGAAGUUUGCAAUGAAAAAACCUUCUGUCUCAUUAGUGUGUCAUACUAAGUGCUAAUUAAUUUACAUCUAAUUAUAGUCAAUGUAUUUUUCAAGUGCAAUUUCCCAGAACUAUUUGUUUCCCACUGUGUUAAUAAACUAAUAGUUAGAAAUAAGUCCUCAUCCGUGUUUACUGUAAUUAAGAAUAAAACCAUUCCCUUUAAAACCAGGAGCUAGAUAUAGGCUGUUUUUUCUAAAGUCAUGUCCAUUGAAGCGAAAGCGGACGGUGCGAGGUUUGCUUUGCGCCUUGACUUUGUUCUUUGAAUCACCAUUUGCCAGUGAAUGUGUUUAAAACCACUUGGAGAAGGGAAGUGCUCCCGGGCUGGUGCUGGACACACGGUCCAGGCAGGGAGCAAGGGCACCGGGGGUAAUGGGGAGCAGGACUUCUGGCCCUGGGGAGGAUGGGGGCUGCGAUUUCAUGUCCCGAAAGUCACGGUCUAUGGCAAACUGCAGCACGCUGUUGUUUCAUCUAACAACUAGAGUAAAAAAAAAAAAAAAAAAAAAAAAAAAAAACCACCAAAACUCACUUUUCCUGUAGAAAACUUUGGUCCUGACAAAACUGAAAAAUCUGCAGUUUUCCUGACGUGAAGAGUAGUGACGUAUCUGAAAGGAAUAGGAUUGUUCUUGAAAUCACGCAGUGACAGUUUACAAACAAUUUCUGCUAUUCCUCCACAUCUCUUUGUUCAUCCCUGGACAGCAUCUAACACAAACUAGCCCCAGUUUCUCCAUAAGGCCCGCAGAUAUCAUCAUCAUAUCAUUAACAAUAUCGGUCUUUUGGUAAUAGCCUAUAACAUGCUAUAACAGCAGACCUAAGAAGAAAUGCUAUUGGAUCAGA